CCGUAGCCAUAGCCGCUCUGGGGCUGCGAGGGCGGCUGGGGAGGCGGCGGGGAGCGCAGCUGCGGGACGGUCGAGACGUGCUGGGGGACGGGGUGGUGGAGCGGCGGCGAGUGCGCGGGCGGCGGGUUCUGGUACAUGGCGGGCGUCGGUCGCUCGCUGCGGGCGGUCGAGAACCUCGCAGACAACGGCACAUUGCACCAUGCUCGACACGUUUGAGAUCCUGACCACCUCGGGCGUCGUCCUGUGGUCGCGCAGAUACUCGCCCGUCGGCCCCCACGUCAUCAACAGCCUCAUCCGCGAUGUCUUCAUCGAGGAGCGCGUGCCGCUGCACCAGGACGAUGCGGGCUCGAAACCGGCAUAUCGGAAGGAGGGCUACACCCUGAAGUGGACCACCGCAAAGGACCUCGGGCUCAUCUUUGUGGCAGUCUACCAGUCGCUGGUGCACAUGACGUGGAUAGACAAGCUCCUCGACAACAUCCGCGCCCUCUUCGUCGGCCUGUACGGCGAGCAGCUGAGCAGCAAGCACGGCAGCGUGCUCAACUGCGACAAGUUCGCGCCCUACUUUGAGCGCCAGAUACAAGACCUCGAGGGCCAGAGCGACAGCGGCUUCUCCGCGCCCGGCACAAAACUUACCCCUCCCUCCAGCACAGACAACGAAAGCGCAGAUGAGUCUGUCCCCACGGUACCUCUGCAAAAGCUGCAAAAGCCCCUGUACGACACAUCCGCAGAUUCGACUCCGGUUCCCACACCAGAUACCUCGCGCCCGAGCACGCCUGCGCAGAGCCACCUGCUCGCCGGAAAAGCAGGGCCCGGUGGAAAGCUGUCGAGAAGAAACAAGAAGAAGUUCGCGGCAUCGUCCGCGCCAGUGUCGUCGGGGGACGAAGCGUCAGUGAAGCGGAAGGGCAAGGGCUCGGCCAAGAAAAACAGAGUAUGGGGGGACUUUGGUGCCGAAGAGGACGACCCGUCCGUGGUGUUGGACUACUCGCAAUCAGACCUCGGGGACGAGGCACCAGAGGGCGAGGCCCUGGCAGAAAUCAACCCCGAGUCGUGGGGCAGCAGAACGGGCAAAGGCCAGUUUGUGCUCAAAGAUCUUGAUAUGGAAAUGGACCAGAUAAUAGCGGAGCAGAACGCAAAGAAGGAGGCACCCGCAUCGGCGGCGUCUGGAGGUGGUCUCGUAGGGUCGAGCUUAGGCGCUAUAGGAGGGCUGUUCCGGAACGUAGUAGGCGGAAAGACACUCACAGAAGAGGACCUCGCCAAGCCGCUGAAGGGCAUGGAGGACCAUUUGCUCAAGAAGAACGUCGCACGAGAAGCCGCGGUGCGGUUAUGCGACAGCGUAAAGCGAGACCUCGUGGGUCUCAAAACCAGCUCCUUCACGACCGUCGAAGCCACAAUCCGCACCUCGAUGGAAAAAGCCCUCGCCAAAAUCCUCACACCCACCUCCUCCCUCGACCUACUCCGCGAAAUUCAAACCGUCAACGCAGCAGGCCGCCCCUACGUCCUCUCCAUCGUCGGCGUCAACGGCGUCGGCAAAUCCACCAACCUCUCCAAAAUCGCCUUCUUCCUGCUCCAAAACCACCACCGCGUGCUCAUUGCCGCAGCAGACACCUUCCGCUCCGGCGCCGUCGAGCAGCUCCGCGUGCACGUGCGCAACCUGCAGGAGCUCAGCAAGCGCGAGGGCGGGCAGGUCGAUCUCUUCGAAAAGGGCUACGGCAAGGACGCUGCAAACAUCGCGGCCGACGCUGUCGCGCACGCUGCGAAAACGGACUUCAACGUCGUCCUCAUCGACACCGCGGGCCGGCGGCACAACGACCAGCGCCUCAUGUCGUCGCUCGAGAAAUUCGGCAAGCUCGCGAAGCCAGACAAGAUCCUCAUGGUGGGCGAGGCGCUCGUGGGCUCCGACUCGGUCGCACAGGCGCGCAACUUCAACCAGAGCUUUGGGCCGGGGAGGGGCCUGGAUGGCUUCGUCAUCAGCAAGUGCGAUACCGUGGGCGAUAUGGUGGGCACGCUGGUGAGCAUGGUGCAUGCGACGGGGAUCCCGGUGGUGUUUUUGGGCGUGGGGCAGCAUUAUGCGGAUUUGAGGGGUUUGAAUGUCGAGAGUGUGUGUAGGCUUUUGAUGAGCUAGGGGUGUGGAUAGGAUAGGAUAGAUGUUAGGAGGGGGAGUGGCUCAGGCAUAGAGUGUGUAUGUUGCAAGUACGUGGGGCCUCAGGCCAUGUAUUUAUGCUUGUAUGGAAAGAUGCAUU